UAAACCGAAGCGCACCCAUCAAAACAAAUCCAAGAGCGAGCGAGCCAAGAAGCCACACCCCACAUGCCCCACCUCGCCACCUCCCCCACGGCCGCCGUCCCCACCGCCCACCCCAUGGGCGCCAGCCGCGUCGCGUUCCGACGGCGCCCGUGGGCCGCUCCUGGCUCUCGGCCUUCGGCGCUGCGCCUGCUGGCGCGGGGCGUCCGACGGGAGGACGCCGGCGGGGUGCGCACGGAGGAGCAGCAGACGCCGCCGACGUUCUACGACCUGCUCGGGAUCUCGUCGGAGGGGAGCCCCGAUGAGGUCCGGGCCGCGUACAGGCGGAUGGCGCUCAAGUACCACCCGGACGUGUCCCCGCCGGGCGCGGCGGCGGAGAACACGCGCCGCUUCAUGGAGGUGCAGGAGGCCUACGAGACGCUCUCCGACCCGAGCCGCCGCGCCAGCUACGACCGCGCCCUCGCCUGUGGCAUCUGCCGCCUCGCCUUCUCCGCGUCCCGUUCCGCCCGCGCCUACCACCACCAGGUGGGUCACUGGACCAGGAAGAUAAAUCUGGCUGGAGAAGAUCUUGGGAAGACCAAGUUGCGGAGCUGAAGAGGAGGAGCAUGAUGAAGGAUUCAGAAGAGAACCUAUCCUGGGGAGCUCGGAUGCGGAGAAGGGCCGAAUCAUCAUGAGCAGAAUAAUUGUGAAAGUAACCCUUGCAAUGCUAUAAUUCUCCUGUUUAGCAUCUGAACCAAAACCGACUACAUGGUUGGGUGGGUAUGAUUAGGUAUUAAGUCGUGUACUCGAGAUGAGCUGGCCUGUGGAAAACUCUGCAGCAACCCUAUAUCAGAUACGCUUAGUAAGUAAUGUAGCAGUAGUAGCUGUAGCGGCUGCAUCUGUAAGGAUUGAAAAACAGCACCUCCUGGGGAGUGGCUGCUGGAUGCUGACCAAGAUCCAUGGCCAUGGUAGUUUUUGAGUAGGUGGCUGCCCGGCUGUAUGUAAAAGAGACUCAACUAUGUUGCUUCUUCUGAAUCCUUUCUGGUCCAAUGUAAAUAUUUACAAACAAACAAAAAUAAGCAAGCUAGUUCUAUUUUAAGUU